AGAAAUAGAAAAGGGAAGGAGACAAGGGUUUCAGGCCAUCACCAAUAACUAAACAUCAAUCCAAAGAAAAGAACAAAACAAAAGAAAAGAGAUGAAUUUUGAAAUUCACUGUCAAUAAAACCUAAUAAUUAGAGUGUAAAGAAAAAGAGGAAAUUUGUGUUUGUUUGCUUACUUUGCUUCAACAAAAUGGAAAGCACAUGAAAGGCUUUCGAGUAAGACACCCUUUUGCAGGUUAGCCUUAGCCCUCCUCGCCUUUGUGGGUUUCCUUCUGCAUCAACAAAAACAAGGCCGGGGGGGGGGGGGGAAGUAAAAAGAAAGUGGCCACUGGGCAGUGAAAUAUAUUUUUUUUAUAGAAGAAGAAAUGGAUUUUGAGGAACAUGAUUGCCAAGACGAAGAAAUGGGUAUGGCUGUUCCAGCAGGAUACGACUCACUCUGCAACUCGUCAGCUCCACGGUCUAAAUUAGGACCCGCAGCAAGUGGCGGUGAAGGUGCGGCGGCUUCUGCACCACCGAGAAAAGUGGGGUCAGGUAUAAGGUACCGGGAGUGUCAAAAAAACCAUGCCGUGAGUAUCGGAGGCCACGCGUUGGAUGGCUGUGGGGAGUUCAUGGCGGCAGGUGAUGAAGGGACACUUGACGCCUUGAAAUGCGCUGCUUGUAACUGCCACAGGAACUUUCACCGUAAAGAAACUGACGGUGAAGGUAGUAGUAUCUACAACCCUCACCAUCAUCAUCACCACUACCAGCAGCAGCAACACCCCCAAUUCUCGCCCUACUAUAGGGCGCCGCCACCGGCCGGGUUCCUCCACCUGACGCCACAGCAGAGGCCUUUGGCCUUGCCAGCAGCGUCGGGAGGUGGGAUUGCCGGCGGUUACAGCAGAGAAGACGAAGAUGUUUCGAAUCCUAGUAGCAGUGGAGGUGGAGGUGGCGGCAGUGGGGGAUUAAAGAAGAGGUUUAGAACCAAAUUUACGCCGGAACAAAAAGAUAAGAUGCUGGGUUUCGCUGAAAGGCUGGGCUGGAGGAUCCAGAAGCAUGACGAAGCUGCUGUGGAGCAAUUUUGUGAAGAAACCGGGGUCAAGAGGCAAGUUCUUAAGGUCUGGAUGCAUAACAACAAGUACACUCUUGGUAAGAAACCCUAAUUUCCCAUCAAAACCAAAACAACAGUGCUUCAACAUUGUUACUUGGGAAGAAACAAAACAUCCAAGAGAAGCAUAUGAUAAUCGGGAAUCGAAGAAAAAAAACAGCAUGUGAUUUCAGUAGGAAUUGUAUUGAACUAGGGUUCUCACUUCUUUUUUUCUUUUUUCAUUUUUGUUUUUUUUUUCAAUAUUCUGAUUUUGAUUUAGUUUAUGGUAUUAUUAUCAAUGCCGAUCAGUGUAGGAUGAUGAUGAUGAAAUGAUCUGAAAGUUUCUGAUGAGUACAUUGUUGCUAA